AUGGAAGGAAGAUAGAGAUAGAGGAAGCAAACUCUGGCAGAGAGAAGCAGCAAUGGCUUACAUCUAUGCUUCGACAAGAACUAUCCUUUUCUUAUCUCGCUCAACCACCAAACUCUCCCUUUUCCCUUUCAAACCCUCUUCUUCUUCUUCUUCUUCUUCUUCUUCUUCUUCUUCUUCUUCUUCUUCCCUCACUCUCCAUUUCACCAGAACCAAAUGCACUCUCCAACACCAACCUCAAACUCUGCUUCGCCGCAACGUCAUCGAAGUCCUCGAAGAGCGCGGCCUCCUCGACUCCACCACCAAUGACUCCGCCCUGAGAUCCUCCGCAGCACCAUCGCCGCCAUCUUUCUCCGGGGCCGCUAAUUGCCCGCCUUUGAAGGUCUACUGCGGCUUCGACCCCACUGCAGAGAGCCUCCACCUCGGCAACCUCCUCGGAAUCAUCGUCCUCUCCUGGUUCCACCGCUGCGGCCACCAACCCCUUGCCCUCAUCGGCGGCGCCACCGCCCGCAUUGGCGACCCCUCCGGCAAGUCACUGGAGCGGCCGGAGCUCGACGUUGCCACACUAGAGAGGAACACGGCAGGUAUAUCCCAAACUAUCAAACAAAUUCUAGGUCGCUCUCUGAAUUCGAACUUGGAAGGUUCUAAGGUUGUGAUUUUGAAUAACUAUGACUGGUGGAAAGAGUUUAGUUUGUUAGAAUUUUUGAAGAAUGUUGGUAAGUAUGCUAGGGUUGGGUCUAUGAUAGCUAAGGAGAGUGUUAGGAAGAGAUUGGAAUCUGAACAAGGAAUGAGUUAUACUGAACUCACCUACCAGUUGUUGCAGGGAUAUGAUUUCUUGUACUUGUUUCAGAAUGAGGGUGUGAAUGUUCAGAUUGGGGGGAGUGAUCAGUGGGGGAAUAUAACUGCUGGGACUGAGUUGAUUCGGAAGAUCUUGCAGGUCGAGGGCGCUUAUGGACUUACAUUCCCUCUUUUGUUGAAGAGUGAUGGUACUAAGUUUGGAAAAUCGGAAGAUGGCGCGAUUUGGCUUUCACCUGCGAUGUUGUCACCUUACAAGUUUUAUCAGUAUUUUUUCACGGUUCCAGAUGCAGAUGUUAUUAGGUUUUUGAAGAUUCUCACGUUUUUGGAUAUUGAGGAGAUAGUUGCAUUGGAAGGGGAGAUGAAGAAACUGGAUUAUGUGCCUAAUACUGCUCAGCGCAGACUUGCUGAGGAAGUUACAAGGUUUGUUCACGGAGAGGAGGGUUUGACUGAGGCACUUAAGGCUACAGAAGCAUUGCGGCCGGGAUCUGAGACAAAGUUGGACUGGAAAACUAUCGAGGGAAUAGCUGAGGGUGUACCAUCUUGUUCUUUGGCUUAUGACAGUGUUUUGAACUUGUCAUUGGUAGAUCUUUCGGUCUCUUCUGGUUUGUUUGAGAGCAAAUCUGCCGCGCGCCGCUUGUUGAAGCAAGGGGGUCUUUACUUGAACAAUAACAGAGUGAAUAGUGAAAAUAAGAGGAUCGAGGAAGCAGAUAUAGUGGAUGGGAAAGUUCUCCUUUUAUCUGCUGGCAAAAAGAAUAAGGUGCUCGUCAGAAUAGCAUGACCGGGAAUUCUUAGAUAGCUGAAUAUUCUUUGAUGACUAUUUCACUUGUAUGUCUGGGAUGUAUGGCGUCAUUAUCUACCAAUAGUUGGAGCGUUAGACUUCAAAAUUUGUUCUUGAUUUCAACUAUCCUAUUGCAUCUUCAUUGCUGAGAGAUGGCAGUUGGUAUGUCAGGCCAACCUUAUGCAUCAGAUGCACGGGAUAACAUGAGGGCUCUAAAUCGCUGGGGAUACUAUCCACUGAUUCUAAUAGGAUCAUGGGCUUUUGGAACCAUUAACCGUAUUCAUGAUUUCUUUGAACCCAACCAUAAGAUCUUCUGGCUCUCAUUUCUAGAUGUCGGAAUGGCUUCUCUUAUGGGCCUCUUUAAUUCAAUUGCAUAUG